CUCCUCCCUCUUUUCUCUUUUCUACACUGCGAAACCAAGAUGAAGCUAGCAUUUGCAGCUGUGCUACUUAUGUGCCUUGUCCUCAGCUCCUCUUUGUUUGAAGUGUCCAUGGCUAGAUCUGGUUAUUGCUCCUCUAUGUGCGCGAAGAGGUGCGCUAGGGCCGGGAUGAAGGACAGGUGCCUAAGGUUCUGCGGGAUCUGCUGCACCAAAUGCAAGUGUGUGCCGUCUGGAACGUAUGGGAACAAGCACGAGUGCCCUUGCUACAGGGACAUGAAGAACUCUAAGGGCAAACCCAAAUGCCCUUGA